AUGGGUUCUUCCGAUGCUGAGUACCGGUGCUUCGUCGGUGGCCUUGCCUGGACCACCGACAACGAUGGCCUCGCCAAGGCAUUCUCUAGUUACGGUGAAAUCACUGAUUCCAAGGUUAUUAUGGAUCGUGAGACUGGACGGUCAAGAGGUUUUGGAUUUGUGACGUUUGCUGCCGAGCAAUCUAUGAGAGAUGCGAUUGAAGGGAUGAACGGUCAGGAUGUUGAUGGACGUAAUAUUACCGUGAAUGAAGCUCAGUCCCGUGGAAGAGGUGGAGGCGGUGGUGGAGGUGGAUACAACAGAAACGGCGGUGGUGGUGGAGGCUAUGGCGGUGGAGGAGGUGGUUAUGGUGGUGGAGGAAGUGGUGGAUAUGGUGGUGGAAGAGAUCGUGGUUAUGGAGGCGGUGGUGGUGAUAGAUAUGGCGGUGGAGGCGGUGGUGGCGGUGGUGAUAGAGGAUAUGGCGGUGGUGGUGGCGGCGGCGGCUACUCUCGUGGGGGCGAUGGUGGCAGUGGUGGAAACUGGAGGGACUAG